GCUGCCCACCUCCUGCCCGGGCUAUAAGAGGGCGGGCGGCUCGCGGAGGGCAUCCCCUGCUCCGUGCCGAGCCGUCGGACAGACUCGGGCAGCCGGCGUCCCCGGGCGAGCAAGAUGCUGCCGAUCGCCAAGAGCCUGAAACAGGGCAAGAGGAGUAUUCUAGAGCGCUUGGAUUCUGGAGAAGUUGUGAUUGGAGAUGGAGGAUUUGUCUUUGCCCUUGAAAAGAGGGGAUAUGUAAAAGCUGGGCCUUGGACUCCUGAAGCAACAGUAGAACACCCAGAAGCAGUUCGUCAGCUUCACCGGGAAUUUCUCAGAGCUGGAUCCAAUGUUCUGCAGACAUUCACCUUUUAUGCCAGUGAAGACAAACUAGAGAACAGAGGCAAUUAUGUAGCUGAGAAAAUAACUUGCCAGAAAGUGAAUGAAGCUGCUUGUGACAUUGCAAAAGAAGUGGCUACUGAAGGUGAUGCUUUAGUGGCUGGAGGAGUCAGUCAAACACCAUCAUACUUAAGCUGCAAGGAUAAAACAGAGGUUAAAGCAGUUUUUCGAAAGCAACUAGAGGUCUUCAUGAAGAAGAAUGUGGACUUCUUAAUUGCAGAGUACUUUGAGCAUGUUGAAGAAGCUGUCUGGGCAGUUGAAGUCCUGAAAGAAUCUGGCAAGCCAGUUGCAGCUACGAUGUGCAUUGGUCCAGAAGGGGACAUGCAUGGCGUGCCCCCAGGACAGUGUGCUGUCCAACUGGUAAAGGCUGGUGCUUCUAUUGUGGGAGUCAACUGCCAUUUUGAUGCAGAUACUUGUCUGGAAACUGUGAAACUGAUGAAAGAAGGCUUGCAGGCUGCUAAACUGAAAGCCCACCUGAUGUCUCAACCACUUGCUUUCCAUACACCUGAUUGUGGGAAGCAGGGAUUUAUUGAUCUUCCCGAAUUUCCAUUUGCUCUGGAGCCAAGAAUUGUCAGUAGAUGGGAUGUUCAAAAAUAUGCAAGAAAGGCCUAUGACUUAGGCAUUCGUUACAUUGGAGGCUGCUGUGGAUUUGAGCCAUACCACAUCCGAGCAAUAGCUGAGGAACUGGCUCCUGAAAGGGGAUUUUUGCCAGAAGCUUCUGAGAAACAUGGUAGCUGGGGCAAUAGCCUGAGUAUGCAUACCAAACCCUGGGUCAGAGCAAGGGCAAGAAAAGAAUACUGGGAGAAUUUGAGGCCUGCCUCAGGCAGACCAUACUGUCCUUCAAUGUCAAAGCCAGAUGGCUGGGGAGUCACCAAAGGAGCCAAGGAGCUGAUGCAGCAGAAAGAAGCAACAACUGAACAACAGUUGAAGGAGCUCUUCCAGAAACAGAAGUUCUAAUCCACUGCAGUUGUCUGAAUGUUAGGAUGCUAGAAAAUCUCAUGCUUCAUGAGGAAAUCUGUGAAGAUGAAUACCCUGUUAAUUUAUCAGUUAACAUGUAAUUGAAGAAACAAAAUGCGUAGAGAAUGUGAUUAUAGAUUAAGUAUGUGAAGCUUUGGUAAUAAAGUCUUUCUCUGGUCAAAUAGUUUAGAAGGAGAUUUGGAUUCUUAUAAUAAUUUGGGCUUCUGUUAGCUAGGUGUUACUUAUUGGGUAGACAUGGAAAUAUACAUAAAGUAAUAAUUGGCUCAACUGGCCUGUGCAUAAAGGAGAAAGCCACCUUUAAAUACUGCAUCAAUGGACUUCCAUUCUUGAGACUGUUUUCUGUUUGGAAUUAUGUAGGAGCUUUCUCAGACCUCAGCAUUUGCUGAGGGUCACUUCAGGCAUGCACAAGCUCCCAGUGCUUCAGACAAGAGUUAUCUGUAGUCACUUUCAUUACUUAAAGAGAAUAAAAGUAUAUUGGAAAAUAUAUCUUACAAUGGAAUCAAAAGAUAAAAAUGAGAUCUUGCAGGAAUUUCUUACAUGCAGGAGAAAGGUUCAGAGAAAACUUAGGGUGCAAAAAUGACAAGUAAAUAAUUCAGUGUUUUUGUCCUGAAUUAUCAUGUUCACAAAACUUUAUUCCUUUGGAGACUGUGAGGAUUAAGAGAUUAUUCUGAAAUUAUAUAUUAAAAAAUUAAUAAAUUAAAAAUAAUAUGA